AUGAUCAAUACAUCAAGAUAUGGCUUCAUUACAGAAGAUAACAUAAGUCACAUAAGUAGGAGCAAAUCAGCGGUUGCAGGUACAAAAUCAAGACAAGAUGGAAGAGGUUCAACUAAAGUAAUUGGAAGUAUUUAUGUAUCAAAGUCUGAUUGCACCAAAGUUGGAAUAUGCUUUUUAGAUUACAAUACAUCAGAACUAAUAAUGAGUACUUAUCAAGAUUCUCAAACGUAUGUCAGAACAAUGCAUCAGCUUUAUGUUUAUUCUCCUACUGAACUUCUAGUAUUGGAACAUCAUUUCAAACCUGUGGAUAAGUUAGGAUUAAUAUUGCAAUCCAAUCUCCUGGAUGGUAUAAAGUUAAUCCAUCCAAAGGCAAUCUAUUAUAAUAUAUAUGAAGGAAUUGAGUAUUUAAAGAAGUUUUCAGUUGAUGUGAUUACCAAUUUAGAAGUUGAAUUUGCUGAUAAGGAAUUAUGUUUGGCAGCUGCUAAUGCUUGUAUAAAGAGUAUGAUUUUAUCUACAAGUAGUCGUGAAAUUUUGACAAGACUCAAGGUCAAGUUUCAAACUUGUGAAAAUACAAUGCUUAUCGACCAUAGAACCAUUGUUGAAUUAGAAUUGGUAGAAAAUAAGUUAGAUAAGAAAGGAAAUUCACUCUUUAAAGUAUUGAAUAAAUGUUGUACGAAAAUGGGUCAAAGAUUCUUACGUAACAAUAUUCUUCAACCUCUUACCGAUUCUAGAAGUAUAACACUUAGAUACGAAGCUGUUCAAGAAUUGAAAAGCAAUCAGCCAAUACUUACAGAAUUAAGAAAAGAAAUGAAAUCAUUGCAAAAUUUUGAUGUGUUAUUGAACUGCUUGGUGGCAGGUUAUGAUCGUAAUGAUAUUAAAAUUAAUGAUCAAAAAAUUAAUAAUGUAUUAUUAUUAAAAUCCUCUUUACUUUGUGCUGUUAGUUUAGCUACAUUUCUAACUUCCCAAGAAAGUCAUUUGCUGAAGGAAAUAUAUCAAAUAUUAUCUAGUGAUGAUAUAAAUAAAGCUCUUGAGCUAAUCAAUGAAUCUAUUAGUGAGGAUUGUUCUUGGGUAAGUGGAAGUUUAGAACUUAGAAACCAAAAAUCUUUUGCAGUUAAGAGUGGUAAAAAUGGAUUAUUGGAUAUUUCAAGACAGCUUUAUCAAAGUAUACUAAAUGAAGUAUCACAAGAAGUUCAUGAUUUAGCAGAGGAAUAUAAUAUCAAUUUAGAGUAUAGGUUUGAAUCCAAUCGCGGAUUCUUUGUUAGAGUGAAACAAUCUACUUUAGAACUACUUCCAGACAUAUUCAUAAACCGGGUACAGAAACGUAAAAUAAUCGAAUGUACUACAUUAAACCUCAUGAAGCAAAGUUCUAGAUUCAAUGACGUGAAUUUAGAGAUAACCAUCCUUAGUGAUAAAUCUAUUGAUAACCUCUAUAAAGACUUAACUGACUACACUGCUAUCUUAUUCAUGGUAUGUGAAGCAUUUGCAACUCUUGAUCUUUUGUGUUGUUUUGCAUUUAGUGCAAUGAUUUCAGACAGAAGCUACUGUGCUCCAGAAAUAUCCACUGAAUUGCAAAUCAAAAACGGCAGACAUCCAGUUUUAGAAACAGUGUUGAAAGAUAAAUUUGUUCCAAAUGAUUAUUUUGUGCUGAAAUUAACUUCCAGAUUUCAAAUAAUAACUGGAGCAAACAUGAGCGGCAAGUCUGUUUAUCUAAAGCAAUUGAGUUAUUUAAUAAUCAUGGGACAAAUGGGAUAA